CAAUCCUGUGUGUCUUUACUCAAAGAUUUUUGGAGGCCUCGUCUGGAUCCUAGUGGCAUCUACCAGAGUCCAUGAUCCGAUGUCUCAAGGCUGGGUGAUGUUCGUCUCAGUGUUCUGCUUUGUUAUUUCAACAUUCCUUAUGCUCCUAUAUAUGUGCGGAGCUCACGGUGGGAAUGCCUCGUGGGUUGCACUGGAUGCUUUCUACCAGGUCAUUGCUUCUCUCUUCUACUUGAGUGCAGCAGUUCUGCAGGCCUAUACUACCUAUUAUAUGAAAAAUACACCGUUUUUUAAAUACUACCAAAUAGAUAUCUCAGCAGUGGUUUUUGCCUAUGCAGUCACACUGACCUAUGUGAUCCAUAUGAUAUUCUCCCUACUGAGAUGGAAAUCCUCUUAAAACCUUUGAUUGACCUUUUUGAAGUGGAUUUUUACAGUCAUGUAUGUGGUCUGUUGCUCUCUGUGCAGCUCAAGGACUAUCUUUCUUUGGAGAUUGUAUGCAUAAAUGUGUACUUUAUUGUGUUUUAACAAGAAAAUCCUUGACUAUUUUUAGCUUAAUCCUUCCUGCAACUUCCUCCUUCGUAGAGUUCUGGGUCAUCAUCAGAUAGCUAGUGGAGUGACUCUUUCUUAAAUGUGUAAAAAUGCUUUUUAUGUAAAUGGGGUUCACGUUUGUACAAUAAAAGCUUCCAAUACAAUUGGUUACUGAGACUUACUAAACAUUCAUAUUUGUUAGAGUUUCUGUGUGUACCAUAAUAAACUGUUCACAAUGGUAAACAAAAGAACAAAAUUUUGUAAAGCUCCACAUGUUGUUCUCCAAUUGGUGGGUUAUUGGUUACAGGUAAGGGAGGUGGAAUGAUUCCUCCUGAUGGGGGACCCUGAAACCAAACCAGGCAGAAGGCUUUUUCCAAAUUUUGGGCAUGUUACCAACACAAACCAAUCCUUUCCUCAACACACUUCAGCUUCAUGAGGCAAUUCUAAGAUGUGGGUAGUCUGUUCCUCCAGAUGUUCAUAGACUCAUAGAACAAUAGAGUUGAAAUAAAUCUAUUAAGGCCAUUGAGUC